AUGCUACAGGUGUGUUGGUUCAUCGUGCUUGUACUGAUCCUACACACUCGCUUCCCCUUCCUGCGAACGAAGCGCGGCAUCGCCGUGCUGGUCGCCGUCGGCCUCCUCGUCGUCGGCGGCGGCCUGGCCGGGCUGGCUGCGCUGCGCACUCGUGGUAAUGGGGAUGCCGGGUCUACGUCGGGGCGGGGCGAUGGAUGGGGGAUGGUCACGGAUGAUGCGUGGUUUUAUGGCCGGUCGCCGGCGGUUUAUCCUUCGCCAAAUAUCACGGGUGAGGGGCAGUGGGCUGAUGCCACGGAGAAGGCGAGGGAGAUGGUGGGGCGGAUGACGCUCAAGGAGAAGGUCAGCUUGACUGCCGGCGCUGGCUCGAAUACGAGCUGCCCUGGGUUUAUUCCAGCUAUCCCACGCCUUGGGUUUCCUGGCAUGUGUCUGGGUGAUGCAGGGAAUGGACUCCGCGGGACGGACUUCGUCAGCACGUGGCCGAGCGGCAUUCAUGUUGGUGCCAGCUGGAACAAGGUGCUCACUCGCCAGCGGGGAUCCGGCAUGGGAGGCGAGUUCAAGACCAAGGGCGUGAAUGUGCUGCUCGGGCCGGUCAUUGGACCAGCCGGCCGUGUUGUGUUGAACGGCAGGAACUGGGAAGGCUUCUCGACCGACCCUUAUUUAUCAGGGGUUCUGGCACAUGAGACGGUUACGGCAGUGCAAGCUGUCGGGGUCAUUACGAGUACUAAGCACUUUAUUGCCAACGAACAAGAGACAAAUCGGAACCCCGUUGGCGAUGUUGCAUCGGUGUCGUCCAAUAUCGACGACAGGACUUUGCACGAAUUCUAUCUUUGCAAGGCGCUCAAUGGUCUUCUUAAGACCGAACUCGGUUUUCAAGGUUGGGUCGUCAGUGACUGGGGUGCCCAGCAUGCUGGAGCAGCCGCAGCCCAAGCAGGCAUGGAUGUUGCCAUGCCGAAUGGAAAUGGUUUCUGGGGUAAUACAUGGCCCCUCGACUUUCCAAUGUCACAAACUAACAGCUACAGAACCCUCGCAACAUGGUAUCUGAUGGGUCAAGAUCAGGACUUCCCGCAACCCGGCGUCGGUAUGGCCGCGGAUCUUACCCUGGCCCACAAAGUGGUUGAUGCGAGGAACUCGAGUUUUCGGUCAACGUUGCUAGACGGCGCAGUCGAAGGCCACGUCCUCGUCAAGAACACCCGCAGCGCACUACCCCUGAAGGAGCCGAAGAUGCUGUCCAUAUUUGGUUACUCGGCCAAGAACCCCGAUCACAACAACCCCAGCCCCGGCCUCUCCCCAUGGCUCUGGGGCGCCGAGUCGUUCAACUACACCGAAUUCGCCGGCAGGUUCUUUGGCUACACCGGCGAACACGGCUCCACGCCCAUCGCCUUCAACGGCACCAUCUACUCGGGCGGCGGCUCGGGGGCAACCUCACAGUCCACCAUCGUCUCGCCCUUCGACGCGCUUGUCCAGCGGGCUUACGAUGACGGCACGGCCCUCUUCUGGGACUUUGUCAACGGCAACCCCUCCGUCAACUCCAUGUCGGACGCCUGCUUGAUCUUUGGCAACGCCUACGCCACCGAGGCUGCCGACCGCCCAAGUCUAUACGACGACUACACCGACGGCCUAAUCAAGCACGUCGCUGACCAGUGCGCCAACACGAUCGUGGUCCUCCACAACGCAGGCACCCGCUUAGUGGACCAAUUCAUCGACCACCCCAACGUCACGGCUCUCAUCUUCGCCCACCUCCCCGGCGAAGCCUCGGGUCGCGCGGUGGUGUCGCUGUUGUACGGCGAGUCGAACCCGUCGGGGAAACUACCGUACACCGUCGCGAGGAAUGAGACGGACUAUGCCGUGCUGGGCCCGGAUGUGGCGGCGGAGGGGGACAUGUUUGCGCGCUUCCCGCAGAGCAAUUUCACCGAGGGCGUGUUCCUCGACUAUCGGCAUUUCGACGCGCAGAAUAUCACGCCGAGAUAUGAGUUCGGUUUCGGGCUGAGUUACACCACGUUUGGGUAUGACAACUUGGUGGUCGGAAAGGUGGUAGAGGGGGAGUUUGGCGAGUACCCCACGGGACGGGUCGUCCAGGGCGGGCAGGAGGACCUGUGGGAUGUGUUGGUCGAGGUGGCGGCCGAUGUCACCAACACUGGAGAGGUGGAUGGGGCCGAGGUUGCGCAGCUGUACGUGGGCAUCCCGGCCGAGGGCGCCCCCGUGCGGCAGCUGAGAGGGUUUGAGAAACCGUUUCUGAACGUGUCGGCGACCGAGACGGUGCGGUUUGGGCUGACGAGGAGGGACUUGAGCGUGUGGGAUGUGGUGGCGCAGAAGUGGCGGCUGGUUAGGGGUGAGUACAAGGUGGAAGUGGGCGGGAGCAGUCGGGAUUUGCCGCUCGUUGGGAAGGUUACGAUUUAA